CGCCGCUGUUCGCGAUUGCGUGAGGCCGGUAGUCGGGAUUUCAUCAUGUUUUGGCUCUCCGGUUAUUGUCGAGUAUUCCCGUAAAUGAUGGGUGUACGGAUUUAAAUAAACUAUAAGACAAUGGACUACAUAUCCAAGCAUCAUUUGAAGGAAUUUUAUUCAAGGGCUGUGGACACUUCCUACAAUAAACAUGGCCUUUUAUGACGGAGCGGUGCUCCGGUGCGUUCACGCUGUGCUCCGUCUGUGGACUCUCCUGCGGACGUGGUUUUAUCUGUGGGGAUGGAAACUCUUACUCGCGAAAGCGAAGGGUCAGAAGCCGACGAUAGCACGGUGUAAAGAAGACCGAAGACACCUGUCGAAGCUGCCAUGCCAUCUUGGCCUCCUCCUGGGGGAGGAGAAGAUUUCCUACGGGGAUGUCUGCAGCAUUUUGGUGUGGAGUAUGGCCUUGGGGAUUUCCUACUGCAGCGUUUAUGAUUGGCAAGGAACCUUGAAGAAGAAUGCAGUACUUGUAAAAAGUCAUCUGGACAGAUUACAGGAAGAAGUGUUUGGAAAGGAAAAAUCAAAGUACACAUUUCAGCUUCACCAGAGCAGCAGUAAAAAGCAGGGCAGUAAUGAAGGGGCCCAGGUGCACAUUUUGCUGUUGUCGCCCUCAGAUGGUAGACUUGACCUAGUCCGGACAGCGGGAGACUACUGCCACGCCGUAGCCAAUCGCAUACUCAAACCAACGGAUAUCAGCCCAGACUUGGUCAACUCCAUGUUGCAUUCCACUAAAGGUUUUCCCGACCCCGACAUGCUGGUGAGGUUUGGGCAGACAGAGAGCCUUCUUGGUUACCUUCCUUGGCAGACACGUCUCACUGAGAUCUUGUAAGUUACUGAAUGGCCGAGUUUGAGAAGCUUGGUGGCGACAAACAUGUCAGUCUUUUAUACCAGUUCUGAGCAUGCAUUCUAAGCACCCGCUGUUUCUGCUGCCACUAGUCUGCCAUUGCAUCCUUAUCGGGAGGGUGUCAAAAACCUGGGAAGUUUUGUUGAACCACUUGCCUCCGGGGUUUCCGGAACCAAGCACCGUGCGUUUGUAUGCAUAACCAGGGUGACCGAAAUCGGACAAAAGAGCUAAACCUUGUAACAAAAGACCGUACUCG